UCAUUAAGUAUCUCCUCGUGUAAGUUCUCUGCGAUAUCUCAAAUAGGCUAGAAUCCACUCAAAUACACGUACCCCGCUGUCAUGAACAUUGACAUGAGAACGCAUCUUUUGGCUCAGCCAAAGAAGAUUGACUAAAGUAUAGGCUCGGAUCUGGACUGACGGCAGACACCCUCAAUGCGUGUGGUGCCCUCUCUCUCUUGGGAUGCAGUACUACGAUGCCCCUGGGGUUACUCAAACCCCAGAUCUCAGCCUCUACUUUAGUCAAUCCUCUUUGGGCUCACCGCCGACGACACUUUCUAGUCCAUGCUUUUUGUCCUGAAAGAGAGAGGAUAGUCUGGCCUUCAUUUGUUUAUUGACGAUAACUUCAGACAGGAGACAAUUGUUGUGCUUGUAAAUCUACGGUGUGUUUAUUGUUGUAAACAAUAGUGGCUGAUUGUGACCGGAGAAGUGAGCCAAUGAAUAAAUUGUGAUGUCGUACUCGGUUAAUAUAUCGGUGGAGGCACCGAUCGAAAAUCAAAUUCAGGAGAUUGCUUACGAUGGCCAGGAAAUUUAUCAAGCACCUCUGACUCUUUCGGAGAAUCUCGCAAAGAUUGCCCAAAAAAUCGACUUCAGCAAGAGUAACGGUGAGGAAAGCCGAAAAGAAACCAUCCCAGAGAAUGGUGAUAAAAGCGAAGAAGAUUCGCGAGACUCCACCUCCUUCCAGGCAUCUCUAUGGCCAUGGGACAAUGUGCGUUCCAAACUGCGAAAUGCUCUCACCGAGGUAUGCGUCCUGGCAGACGUUUUAGCAAUUGCAAAAGAAAAGCGCUACAUGGUUCUCGAUCCGGUACCCCAGGAGCCACCGGAAGUCAAGCCAAUGGUUCAAGUAUACGCUCGAAAAAAAGCCUUAGCUGGUGCAGCGUCUGUCUUGAUGAUGGGCGCAGAGAGACUCCGAAAUUCUCAGAAUGAACUAACUCGCAACCGAAUAACCCCAGACUUCCAUAUUGAAUUAUUACGACUCCGGCAGAACUGGCGUCUUAAGAAGGUCUCUAACUCAAUAAUUGGAGACUUGAGUUACCGUACCGCGGGCUCCAAAUAUACACAGACAGGGAUGUUCGAGGUUACGAAGGCAGAGGAAGAAGACAAGCCGCAAACGAGUCCUCCAGCCUCUCCGAAUCCGAAUGCCCCAGUGUCUCAAUCACAAGUCCCCAGUCCUAAGGCAUCAGCCCUUCGUGUUACCAUUCCCAGUGAACUGCAGGGUGUUGCCUAUAUUGAGGUCCUGUGUCAGAAGGAUCAGGAAGACCUCUGCAGCGCCAAUAUCAAUCUUCUCAACUCGAGUACAGCUUCGUCCAACACUGACAUGCACUGGCAGCAGAAGCUCGAAGCUGCACAAAAUGUUUUAUUCUGCAAAGAAUUGUUCAGCCAAUUGGCGAGAGAGGCUGUCCACCUGAGGGCUCCCAUUCCCCACAUGGUGGUCGGAAACCAGAUUAUGGCGACUGUUCUCCCUGGAAUUCAAUUGAUCAUUGGACUCUGUCACAGCACUGGCAAUGACAAGAGAACUAACCCUCCACCUCACAAAUCUGAUCAUGAUCAUGUGCUGGAGCACUCGUUGCAUCAGUUGCUUAGGGAGGUUCAUCAUAAAAAUACCCAUCACCCUUUCCCGCAUCCUUCUUCUGGUCCUUUGGGCCCCAGCAAACGAAGAUGUCUUGCUGGACCAACAGCCGCUGAUAGAUACGAGUUGAUUGAAAUGACCAAGAGUCAAACUUUACUAGAACAGAUCAUCCAACAGGCUCAACACUUCUUCAUGAGGAUUCGGACUGAGUAUGUGUUGGAUACCAUUGCAAAGGAGGUCAAGGAUCCGUUGAUCGUCUCCCACUGGAAUGCGCUUAAUUCACCAACUCAAUCCUGUGUGAAGAUCAAUAUUUGGACGAAUGGGUAUGAUACGAUCUGCCGUACCUCUCUGGUUGUUCAUGUUGGGGAAAAGUCACUCAAGUGUGUCUGCAGGGAUGGCAGAGUGAUGCAUAUGAGCUAUGAGCCCCAGGAAUUGAGGGAUUUAAUAGUCUGUCAGAUCCAUCAACAUCAGAUCACUGCAGUUCAGAACCUGGCCAAGUGCAUGGGCUGGCAGUUUCUUGCCAAUAGCUCGCAUUUGGGAUUGGGAGCUGUUGAACCACUUGGAAAUGCUAGCAGCUGUAUUCUAGCCUCUCCCAUUGGUGAUAGAAUGAUUGCUGUACGUUGUGAACCUCAAACAGGUGUUCAAGUCGCAAUUGCUCACGCACCACGUAAAGACUUUUUUCCGGGACAAUUGGUGCGAGAGAGGAAAUGGGAGAAUCUAGGCGGAUCCUUCAAAGAAGUUCGAUGGGAUAAGAUGGAAGGAAAAAAUUUUCUCAAUAAAAUGGAACUGCUCAUGGCCUCGCUCACCAGUUCAUAACUUAA